CAGAAGACGACUUCCAGGAGCUCUGUUUUCACCGGAAGUGCCUUCCCUCCUCGUGGGUCCGUGCGGACGCCGUUUCCUUACCUCAUUUGUCUUCGCCCCUCCCCGUCCCUCUACGCGCUUUGGUUCCUGGUUGGUGCUUCCUGGUCGCAGCCGCGGCACAUCAAGGUUUACUGACUUUCCAUGAUGUUUGGUGGUUAUGAGACCAUAGAAGCAUAUGAAGAUGAGCUUUAUCGUGAAGAGUCAUCUAGUGAACUGAGUGUUGAUAGUGAGGUGGAAUUUCAGCUCUACAGCCAAGUUCAUUAUGCCCAAGAUCUUGAUAAUGUCAUCAGGGAGGAAGAACAUGAAGACAGGAACUCUGGGAAUUCCGAAUCAUUCAGUAGUAAACCAAAUCAAAAGAAUUUAAUUGUCCUUUCAGAUAGUGAGGUCAUCCAACUGUCAGAUGGGUCAGAGGUCAUCACACUCUCUGAUGAAGAUAGUAUUUAUAGAUGUGAAAGAAAGAAUUUUAGAGUCCAUGCAAAAGAAAAGACCCAAGGUUCUCCUGCUUCUCUUCAUUCUAAUGAUUUAGCAGAUAAGAAGUACAAGAGGGAUAUUGAGAAAUCUAAACCUGGAGAGAGAUCGGGUACAAUCCAGGAGGUCAUGAUUAUAGAAGUCAGUUCAAGUGAAGAGGAAGAGAGCACCAUUUCAGAAAGUGAUAAUGUGGAAAGCUGGAUGCUGCUGGGAUGUGAAGUUGAUGAUAAAGAUGACGAUAUCCUUCUCAAUCUUGUGGGAUGUGAAAAGUCUGUUAAUGAAGGAGAAGAUGAUGUGAACUGGUUUAUCAGUGACAAAGAUAUUGAGGCACAGAUAGGUAAUAAAAGAUCAUCUGGAAGAUGGACCCAUCGAUACUAUACAGCCAACAAAAAUGUUACCUGUAGAAAUUGUGACAAAUGUGGCCAUUUGUCAAAAAACUGCCCCUUCCCACAAAAAGUCCGCCCCUGCUGCCUCUGUUCCGAGAGAGGACACCUCCAGUAUGCCUGUCCGGCCCGCUUUUGCUUAGGCUGUUCUUUGCCUAUGUCUUCCACUCACAGAUGUCUUGAAAGAGCUUCCUGGAGAAAACGCUGUGACCGAUGUGAUAUGAUAGGCCACUAUGCUGAUGCUUGCCCAGAAAUCUGGAGGCAGUAUCACCUAACGACCAAACCUGGACCACCCAAAAAGCCAAAGACCACUUCUGGACAAUCAACCUUGGUGUAUUGCUACAACUGUGGGCAAGAAGGCCAUUAUGGACAUGAAUGUACAGAAAGACGAAUGUUUAACCAGACCUUUCCAACAUCUCCAUUCAUCUAUUACUAUGAUGACAAAUACAAAAUCCGGGAGAGAGAUCAGAGAAUAAAACGAAAAGUGAAAGAACUCCAGAAAAAUGGGGACUUGCCAAGAAAGUUCAAGAGGCCUCAUAUGGAAGCAGCAGAUAAGAGGCCCCGUGAUACAAGAACAAGCCAUGCCUCAUGGAAAAACAACAGGUGGCCUCAAGAAAAGAAAGAAACCCAAAAAGAAACCAUGAGCAGGAACAUGAGAGAACGUGAGAAGCACAGAAAGGCUGCCAGGUGUCAUGAAGAUGAUGAGGACUUCCCCAGGGGCCCCAGAGUCCACUCUACUCCUGGCACUUCCAAAACCCAGAAGCCUCACAAGCCCUUUCACCACUCAUCACAUUACCUCAAGCCGAGAGAAGACAGGCUAUCCAAGGAGGGCAAGAGGGGCAAGCAUAAGAAAAAGGAGAGCUGCUUGGAGGAGGAUAGCAAUGAUAAUUUGUUUCUCAUUAAGCAGAGGAAAAAAAAGUCUAAGCUGUGAGUCAGCUUCUGAUUGGGCUUCCCAGUGUUUGUCUGUUCUUCAUGUCUACAACAUCCUGUCCGUAUUUUUACUAUCUGUGAUUAAAUAAAAUGAGAUUUUUGUUUCUGUAAUCUCAGCCAUAUCUAGAGAUAUUGAACAAAGUCCUUGAAGAUCUCAGUUCUCUAUGUUCAACAGGUUCCUAGGUAAGAAAACAGAUAAACUUGGACUUCCCCUGUUACCAGACAUCAUUUUUAUUCACUCAGUAUCCUAGGGAUAGGAAAACUUAAUCUUUUCACAAAAAAAAUUUUUGAAAUAUUUUGAAAAAAUAAAAACUCAUUAAAUGUAAUUCAUCUGCAGUGUGAGUAUGAAAAUUAAGUCUAUUAUAAGGAGAAAUUAGCACCAAUAUGGAAAAUCCAUCCCUCUUUUUUAGCAUUCUUUUUAAUAUUGGAAAGGAUAAUAACUAUAUAUCUAAAUCUGGCUUUUCUUGCUUCUGAAGCUGGCAUCAGAAUCUUACUUUGAUCAGAGCAUCACAGGCUAAAAAUGAAGGUGUCCUCCUUGAAAGCACUGGAGAGACAGGGAAUUGGAUUUUAUAACAGAAGUAAGGAAUCCAUCCAGAGUAAAUGUUGAGAGACAGAUUUCCUGAAGCAAGUGAAAAGAGUCAUCAAAAAUUUUGAUUUAAUUGCAGUGAAAUAAUUUUUUACUAUUUUUAUAGCCAUACCUGAGGAAUACUGUCCCUCAGAUAUUUAAGAUGAAUGUUACCCAACUUAAAAAAUUGUUUCCUUCUCCUGGGUUUUUUAUCUACUGCAGAGUUAUACAGAAAUUUUUGUAUUUGUGACCUUUUGUACUUACCAGAGCCUAAUGUUAGAAUAAGAAAAAUAAAAUGUCUGAAAUGUA